UCUCCCCACUAUUUUCCCCUCGAACAAAGAAUACACUCUAAUACCAUUUAUUCGAAUCACAAAAGAGAUAUAACAGACCAGGAGACAGAACCUCCGCAUUCACUUUAAAAAUAUAUAAAUAUAUAUAUUCCCCCCCCGACUGAGGUUUUGAGAAAUCCUUGUUUGUGUUGUGGCUGGAAAGUUUUUUUUUGUGUUGGGAUGAAAAGGUGGAAGUGAGGAGGGGUCGUGCGUGUGCGAGCAAGAGACAGAGACAGACAGAGAGAGAGAGAUAUCCUACGCCGAGGUUCCUUCUGGGGGGAGAAAGAUCCUGGGAGGAGGUUUCCUUGAGGUGGAGAGAGCGAGGGAGGAAUCCUGCGACGAGGGUUCCUUUUGGAGAGAGAAAGAGGGAGAGAGAAAGAGAGAGAGAAGGAGAAGGAGGAUUUCGCUCCGAGGUUCCUAUUCGAGAGAGAGGGAGAGAGUGUUGGGGGAUCCUACGUCGGGUGUUCCUUUUGUGCACGAGGCAGGGGUCCUGCUCGAGGUUCCUUUGUCGAGGGAGAGAGAGAGGGAGGUCCUACUCGGAGGUUCCUCGAGGAGAAAGAGAGCGGGGGAUCCGAAGUUCCUCGAGAGGGAGAGAGAGAGAAGAGGAUCCUACUUCGAGGCUCCUUGUGGGAGUGAGAGGCUGGCAGGAGGAGGAGGAGGAGGUCGUCCUCCAAGAUGCCCAAGGUGAAGACAGGAAGGAUCCACGGGAGUUACUUUCCCGACUAUGAGCUCAGGCGGAGGGAGACGGGCCUGGGCAAGACCCUAGGCUGGGACUCGGGCAUCAGGAGGUCCUUGUACUCGUCCAUGAUCCCCAGCACCUUCUGGGAUCCCAUCGAGCACGACCCCAAGACAGGAUUCACAGGCCAUGGCGGCGUCUUCAACCUCGAGUUCUCUCCGGACGGGACCUAUCUGGUGGCAGCAUGUGAACAGCGAGCCAUCAUGGUGUUUGAUCCACUGUCCAGACGACAGAUCCAUUAUAUACCCUUAGCUCACGAGAAUUGUGUCAAUGGUAUCAAGUUCCUUGACUCUCGCGUGUUUGCAUCGUGUAGCGACGAUCACACAGUAGCCCUUUGGGAUGUGCGAAACCUUAAGAGGCGCAUCCGACUACUCCAGGGACACAGCAAUUGGGUGAAAAACAUAGAAUAUUCUGCUGGUGAUGGCAUUUUGGUCACAUCUGGUUUUGAUGGCAAGAUACUAGGCUGGGAUAUUAAUGGGUACACAGAGGAUGGCCUGCUGUCCACCGAGUUGUUCAGCAUGCAAGGACUCAUGAGAAUGCGUCUAAGUCCCGAUUGCAGCAAGUUGGUCAUGUGCACCACUGGCGGCUACAUGGUACUCGUGCACAACCUCAGUCUGGAGCACCUAUCAGAAGAUCUUAGGAACUUUAAGCCCAACAUGUACCGAUUGAUGCAGUUGUCGAACACUCCGUUACCCCACGCCACCAUGUUCACAAACCUGUUCUACAGACAGCGGAACAGAGUGGAGUUCAUCUCAGACUUCCCUCCCUCUAAUGAGGCUGAGGUCAUCCACUCUCUGCAAGUUCAUCCACAGGGUUGGUGUGUGUUGUCCAGAAAUACUUCCAUGGAAGAUUCAUCAGAGUGGAGCUGUGUUCAUGACAUCCAGGACCUAGGAGUGACAGCUUGCAAGGAUGAGGAUGAGGAUCAAGACCACCAUGGAGACAUAGAACCCUAUGAUGACAUUCCCUCAACAAGUGAGACAGAGGCACAGAAUUCUUCAACAUUUCAGAAUAGACCCAGCAGUGUAAACAGUAGUAAUAACAAUAGUAACAGCAGUACGAACAGUGGAAGUGAAAGUGGCAAUGUAAAUGGAAACUUACACUUAUCAUUGACGUUCAGCCCAAGGGUGGAAAUCAUGCUGCGGCACAGCCCAAGGGAUGAGAGUGAUGAUGGUGGUGGUGAUGGAGGUGGAGGUGGUGGGGGAGAAUUGGCAGGUGGAGCUGGUCCUGCCAGGAGUGGCAGCAGUGGUAGUAACGUCAAUGCCUUUGCUACAGCCUCUGGUGGGAGUGGAGUGAGAGUUGUAGAUGGUGCAGGAAUAGCAGUUGGUGGUAGUGCAGGAGGAGGAGGUGGAGGAGGGGGAGGCAUAGACAUCCAGCUACGAUUUACAUCAAUGGAUGUCUUUGAAGCCUUAGAACACAUAAGGGAGCGCCGUGAGGAACAACGGAUACGGCAAGGAAGGCAGAGAGCAGCUCGGACUGAUUCAGAGGCCUCCUCGAGUAGUGGAAACAAUGAAAACUCCUCUGGUUUCCCCCAGUCCUCUUCCUCUCAGUCACCAUCACCAGCCUUACAACACCUUGGCCGAAAUAGGACCUUUAGUGUGCACAGAGGUAGAGAUUUUGACAAUGCCAGAGAAAAUUUGGGCUCAGGGAGGACUGCAGCCAAUAUUAUCGACUCUCGUAAUGCAUUUUAUAUCAGAACUGGUACUGGCAAUCAUAGGGCUCUGUUGCUUCUUCGACCCUUGGAGAAUUAUCCACGGUAUAAUCAGACAGUGGAUCCAAACCAUAAGAUUGCAAAGAAUAUUUCACGGCUAACUCAUUACAUAGAGGAACCAAAUGUUGGAAGAGGGUUUAUCAAGGAGCUGUGCUUCAACUCGGAUGGGCGGCUGAUAUGUUCCCCAUAUGCUCAUGGGGUGCGGCUCAUGAUGUUUGACCAGAACUGUUCAGAACUUUCCACAUGUGUGCAAGAUAUUCCCCAAACCCUGUAUGCUGUAUCCACCAACAAUUGUCAUAAAAACUGUGUUGUUAGUACCAAGUUUUCUCCCACACAUUGCCUUCUAGUCUCAGGCUGCCUGAAUGGCAAAAUUGUGUGGCAUCAGCCUGUUCUCUAGUGGAAUGAGUAGCUGCAGUGUAUUAUACAUAGUUAUAUGGGAAAUGACUAUGUUAUAUACAUGGUGUUUUAGUUUUCUAUGCUCUUGAGCAAGCUUAAACUUUGUUGGUCUGCUGACCUUUCCAAUAGAUUUUCUAAGUGAAAUAGAGAAUAUAUUUGUGGAGUGUACUUGUGUGGUAUAUAGAAUGCACAGCAGAUUACAAGAGCAAUUUAUUUAUUGAAGGAAUGUGUAUCUAAUGAAUAACAAGUUCAUAUAGUUUGUUAUUCUUGCAUUUGGCAUGUGUCAAAGUGCUUAACUUAAACACAGAAUGUAUAACAGGUGUUUGUAAGGCAUCAGUUCUAAUGAUAUUUCAGUAGAUGAAUAGAAGUAGAGGUUUUACUGUGUGUACAUUGUUUAAUUUCUUAGAAUGGAAUAUGGAUUUUUUUUUACAGUAUAUCCAAAGAGCAAUAAUGCAUUUUUUAGUUGUUUCGGAAAAAAAAAUAGAUUUGUCAGUGCAUUCAAUUAUUAUAAGAGAGAUAAACACCUCUGUGUCUUGGAAAUACAGUCUCCUUUUCAUUUCUUCGGACUCAUUAGUUGUAAACACAAAUGCAUAGUUUACUUUGCAAGUUUCUCAGUUUUUGCUUCAGAAAUGCGCAGCUCAUUUAAGGAGAUGGAAGUGUGGAACAAGAUUUAUUUCCCGCAGGCAGACAUUGCAGUCUCUUGUGUUUGCAACUAUCAUGCUGUGCAUCAGUUUUUAUCAGGAGACAAAAAAAUUAUGGUCGUACUUUUUUUAAGGGGAGAUCAGCACCUUUUGAUUGUAAAAAAUGAUAGCAUUUAAGCAAAGGGUAGAUGAAAAUGCAGGUAAUUGAUAUGUACAGUUUAAAGAUAAUUAAGGUACAUUCCUUUAUAUUGGACAUUUCAAAAAAUGUUAAUUGGAAUAUAUGUAUAUACUAAAAUAAAAAAAUAAAGACAUUGCAACACAUUAUAUUAAUAAUAGCAAGAGUUUAUAAAUAAAUUUAAAUUCCAGUAAGGUAUUAAUUGAUAAGACUUCAAAGCUUUUUUUUCUAUAUUUCCUCCCUCCUCCAUUUUUCUAAAUAGAACUAUGUAUUAAUUUUUCUUUCUUUCUUUUAUUAUCUGAUCUGAUCAUUACUGUUUCAAGUUGUUGGCACUGAAAGUUGGAUAUUGUGUUGUAAAUGUGACUCGAUGCAAAUGAAUGCAUCUCAUGUCUGGGAUAGUAAGUGAACAUGCUCCCCUGUUGGAAUUCAGGUACUCUUUGGUCCUGUGUUAUGUAAUGGUUCGUAGUUAUUAGCUAUUGCUUGAAAAUGUUUGUUGAAAUUCACUGUCUUGGAGCUUUGUUUCUCCUUUUCCUCUCUUUCCUUUUGUCUCUUUUUUUGUUUUUGUUGUUGCUGUUUUAUCCCUGCUUAAAGUUGUUGUUUUUUGAGGGGGGGGUCACCAUAUCUCUGAAAAUCUUCUGCUCUCAAAAAUAAGAUGGCAGUUAUUUUGUGUUCAGAGUAUCUGUGAAUCUAAAAGCAGGGGACAGAAAGUUGUGUGGAAGAAUGCAUGGUUUGAUUGAAAGAAAUAUUAAUAGAUUACGGUUUCUUCUCCUUUGGAAAUCAUUGUUAGUGUUAAUUUUUCUCUUUUUUGUACUAUUUAAAUGUGAAAAUGAAUGAUUUGAUAAUGAACUUCUUAUAAAAGGUAAUCUAAGCAUGAGACAGUGAGCAAGAACAGAAAUGGUAAGGUAAUUAAAGCUGGAGUUAUAGUUAUAAAGCUUUAUGAUCACAAAAGUAGCAUAGAAAAAAAUGGGUUGGUCGGCUGGGAUAUAUAGAAGGAGAGAUGAUACCUCUUGCUUUGAGCUUCUUAUCUCAGUUUUUUUUAAAACCUACAAUUCUCUUUUCCAUCUUGGGAUUCCUGAUGUGAGGAUGGUAGAUUAAUGUUCAUUUAAUACUUCAGCAAUUUUAUUAUUUUCUUGGAAAUACGGUACCUAAGCCACUAUGUGCCAUACAUCCCAUGGUAAAACCUUGCCUCUUGUUAUAUGCUGUGUAUUACUCAAGUCUUAUCAAAUAUUUAGGGCUUGUUCAAAUGGGAAGAGGAUUGUGCAAAGGAGGGGAACUCUGGAUUGUUUUAACAGGAAGUGUUUACAGUCUUCCUUAGUUGAUUAAGCCGUCGGUAUCACAGUUUAAAGUCCAUGUAAAGGCAUGUUUCCGCUAUAAGAUGUCUACAAGAUAUUAAAUGACAGAUGUUUAACCCUUUUCAGAUGAGCCAUAGGCUGCAUGGUUGCCAGUCUUUGCUUUAUUGUUUAUGUGUGAAUAUAGUAAUUUUUCUGAGUGAUUUUUAACUGUAAGUAGUGGCAUUAAAAUGGUUUAUAAGUGGUACUGUAUCCUCUUGUGCAGAAGGGAAACAGACUUAGGUGUGGGAGAAACAAUGUAUCAGCUUAAAAUUGUGAAAUGUCAUGUUAGUGUAUAUGGAACUAUUAGGUAUAUUUUGAGUAUUUAUCUUGUGUUUAACCCUUCAAUGGUACAAUGUGUUUUUAUGUACCAGGGUUAGACAGUCAAACCAACUACAAAAAUUGUAAACAUUGGCAUACAAUGCUGAGAUAACCUGAAGUUUCACACAAAAAAAAAUCAUUAGCACUGAUAAUGGAGUUUAAUGGCUGACACUUUAGGUUAUAUCAAUAUUGUUUUGAUCUAUCUAUCACUCGUUUAUGUCAUUGUCUGGCAUUGUGUAUCCAUGAUUGUCUUUUUAACCAGAUUAGUUACUUAUCUAUGUAUAUAUUUAUGGUGUUUUCAAACUUUUUUUUCUGUCUUGCUUCACAAUCCCUAAUAGAGAUGUGCAGAUAUCAAGCUGUGGGCCAAUAGCAAUGUUGAUGCCAAUACCCAAUUCUCAACCAAGCCCAAUACUCCCUUUCUAAACAUGGGCAUUUCUAAACAUCUAAAAUAAGAUUAUGGCUACUUAUAGUGACAGACCUAGAGUUAAAUUAUUUACUGUGUUAGAUAAAGUGUAACAAAAAAAAUUAUAUGUAAUAAUAAACAUUCAUAUUGUCAAAAUUUAAAUAGCAUCUGAGUUUGUGAUCUUUUAUCCAGUAGCCUCUUUAUUUGUCUGGUAUGAUUGCUAAGCUGAGAAUGGUAUCUACAUAAUUUUUUUUUUUUUUUUUCUACUUUUGUGAAUGAAGCAUGUCGGAAUCUUGUGAACUAAUGGUACCAACAGCAAAAACAUGGCUUUAUUUUGAAUGCUCAGUUCAGUACAAUAGAAUUUGGAGUAUUUGGCCCUAUAUUGACCUUGCUGAUAACAAUGCUGAAAAGACAAGGCCGAUAGUGCCUACACUGAUGCCAAUACUAUCGGCUCAUUUCUAAUCCCUUAUACCUCUGUGUAAUAUAUUACAGACAGCUUUAACUUUCUUUCUCCCUGUAAUCUCAAGCUUGUAGAAUUAUCUAUAUCAUUUUAUUUUACAUUCUGAUUUUUUUUUUUCUUUUUUUUAAGUAACAACCUGAUGUGAAAUUUUUUACAAUUUUACACAGUUGUAAUGGACAACAUGUUAACUAUUUCAAAUGUUAUCACAUAGUUUCUUUAUAAAAGCUGAAUGAUGAAUAAAAGAGAUAGAAGCAUCUUACUCUUGUACAUAUACUUGUUUAUCUGAGGUUUUGACAUUUGUAUAAAAAAACAAAAACAAAAAAUAUAUGUGAUUAAAAAUGUUGCCUUUAAUAGUUGUCUUUUUUCAUGAGACUUUUAGAUACAUAGUGAUAGUAUCAAACAUAUUAGAAUAUGCUUUGUAUUAUUUAGUACAUCCUAUGUUUGCUUGUUCAGGUAUAUGAUUUUUUUUUUUUUUUACAUCAUUUGUAUCAGAUUUAAAGUUGUAAUCAUGUGGUCCAGAAGGGGAAAUUAGUCACUUUUUUCAUAUUCAUAGAUGCAGGAAGUGUGGCAUACAUAAUACAACAUGGUUAAAUGAAGAUUCUUUGGUAAUCAUGAUAAGUAUUACCUUAGAGCAACAACAGAGCAGUUGAUUUUUUUUUUUUUUUUUUUUUUUUUUUUUUUUUUAUAUAUAUAAAGGCAUCCUAUUGGCAUACCAGAUCAUUGUUUUAUUGGGGAAUCACAAUUAAGUGUUGUAUAGAAACACAAAUACAGUAUUAAAACAAAAUACCAACUAGUCUAUACUUAUACACAGGUAUAUAUACAUUGUCAAGGUGUAUGAGUAGAUGAAUGCACUGAUGAAUGGGUUAUUAAGUCCUCAUAUAUCACUGAAAUGUUUAAUAUAUUUCUAUUUGCAUGGCAAGAAUUUUUGUUUAUUUUUGUCAUUUGAAUAAAAAUGAGUAGAUUUUUUUAGAAUUUUGCUAUGGAUGUUAACUAUAUUACUAUACAAACAGAAAGUGCCAAGACUAAUAGUAUUUUAUAGGAAUGGACAGUUUGUAAUUUGAAUAUUAAGAAGCAAACAAAGCGGAACAGGCAGGUAUAAUUAACCUCACAUAUUCAUAGGUAUGCAUUCCAAUGACCUUAGGGAUUGUUCAGGUAAAGUCUACAAGUGUGCAGAAAAUGCCUGAAGGAAACUGAACUCUUGUCUGAAGGAAAGCCAGAUAAUAUAAUGUCUAGUUCUAGUAUUCUUGCUUCCAUAUCUCCUAGAUUGUCAUAUUAUACAUAAAGUGCACUGGUCAUAUUUAAUUUUGUUUAUGGUAAUUUCCUUGUAUAGUGUUUGUCAUUUAGUAAUUUCCUCUUUUGUAAUGAAAUGAAGGUUAUGUGACUAAAGCAGAUUUUCUUAGUAAUGUGGUUCCAUACCUUAAAUGCAGGAUUAGACGAGACGGAUGAGGGAGCAAAUUGCCAAGACAAAAAGGAUUGAAAAGAUUGAGAGAUGUGGGGAAUAUAGAGCAGGAUGAAAGAAGUUUAAAGUAAUCAAAAAGUGAAAUGCUUGAUACCUGUUGGAAUCUAAAAGUCAAGCCUUUGGAAUAAAAUCUGGUUUGACAGUGUGUUAGAUUACUAGUAUCAGUGUUCACAUGAAGUUAAUAUAAAACAAAACAUAAUAUAUAAUUCAUGUAACAAUACAUGUCUGCAUUUGUCACUUUGUCUUAAUUAGUAGUCGAAUAUGUAUUUUUAUACAAGUGUUCCCUAUGUCAUAACAAUGAUUACUCUCGAAAGUUUAAUCACUGUAUUGGUUCUUGUUACCAAACACUGAAUAAAAUACUUGGAACAUG